AUGGGCCCCUAUACCGCCUCCUCAUGCUGCUGCCAGGCCCCUAAUCUGCCAUGGGCCCCUAUACCGCCUCCUCAUGCUGCUGCCAGGCCCCUAAUCUGCCAUGGGCCCCUAUACCGCCUCCUCAUGCUGCUGCCAGGUCCAGAGUCUCUCAUGGGUCCCUGUACGGCCUCCCAUUGCUGCUGUCUCCAUCGCCACACUCUCUGCCAUGUGCCACUUUCAGGUCUCCUCACACUGCUGGUGUGUUCCAUUUUUUGUCAUAGGGUGCUGGCAGAUUACGGGCCUCCCAUAGCUGCUGCCAGGCCCCUAAUCUGCCAUGGGCCCCUAUACCGCCUCCUCAUGCUGCUGCCAGGUCCAGAGUGUCUCAUGGUCCACGGCCCUUUCAGGUCUCCCACACUGCUGGUGCCACUUUCAGGUCUCCUCACACUGCUGGUGUGUUCCAUUUUUUGUCAUAGGGUGCUG